UACUUAUUGCAACCCCGAGUGGUCAUGAGCCGAGUGGCAAUCGUAAGGCUGCUGCGGCGCCCAUAAGCUAAUAUUCGCCCAGCAAGCUCCCCGCAAUCUCCCCGCACGCCGGCCGACUCUGCCCGAGUUACAAGUAGAGCUAGGGGAUUGGAGGGCCGGCCAUCCCAUGGAUGGGGUGCUGGCCCACCGGAUGGACUCGCGAGGCAGCCCUGGCACCGCUGGAGGGGGCGCACCGCGCGUGACCAUACCUUCAUAAAGAGAGCAGUAAAUGUUGGCAUGAGGCUGCGGUGGAACCGUCGCUUCGCCUUCUUUCUCACUGCCACGCACGCUGCCUGGCACGAAUUGCAGCUGUCCAUCGACGGCGAGGCGCAGAGCCUCGGCAGCGACCUGAGCGAGGACGUCCACGAUCUGCACGCGCGGCUCGUGCGCGCGGAGCAGCGCUACGGCGGUUAUGUGGAGGUCGAACGGAACAAGAUAAGCGCAAAAGACGUGCGCGUACGAGGCGGGAACGUCGCGGCGACGCUCGAGGCCCUGAACGCCCGGUCUCGCAUGGUCGGCGGCGAUCGGAUGUCCACCGACAGGCACGGUUACGGAAAGCAUUACGCCACGGCUCUCCGAAAGGUCGUCGAUACCAAGCGAGCGCCGACUGUCGUCGAAGUCGGUAUUUUACGGGGGUCCGGACUGGCCACCUGGUCCGAGUUGUUCCCGAGCGGGCGCGUCGUCGGUUUGGACAUAGACCUGUCAUACGCCGCGGAGAACCUGUCAUUUCUCAAGGAAAAGGGUGCGUUCGCCGCAAGGGACGUUGAACUCUACGAGUUCGACGCGUACGCUCCCGACCCGGCCGCGCUCGCGGAAGUGUUCAAGGGCGACGUGAUCGACGUAUUCAUCGAUGACGGACCGCACACGGUCACGGCGAUUAUCCGCACGCUGAAUGCAAUCUAUCCUUAUUUAAGCGACGAGUGCGUUUGCUUCAUCGAAGAUAACGACAAGGUCCAUCACAACAUCGCUGCCCAGUUUCCCGACUUUCAAGUCGAGCCGCUCGGACAACUCACGAUUUUGCACAAGAAACAGUAAGUCAAGUCACAUG